GUGAACACCAGAGCUGUAAUUAUCUUCAUUUAUGUUUAGCAAUUUGGAAUGAGAGCAACAAUAGUGAGGGAGAUGAAGUAUUUAUCCCUGAACUGAAGAUACAAGGUUUGUUUUUUACAUUUACAUAUUCUUUGUAGUUACAUUAUUACAUUAUCAUGCAAUGACCACAGUUGUCAGCUACAACAUGUAUUGGUUGUGCUCUCUGUUUUCCCUUCACAUCUCCUUGUUUUAGGUCAAAACAACACACGCGGUUUCUAUUACCUCAUUAACCACGAGCUGGGGAUGACACGCCACACAGUGUGACAGACAAGUUGGUCCCAGGAUGAGGAGAGAUCUUGGGGUGGCUUUGCUCUUGCUGCUGUCUGCAGCUGUAGAGUCCAACAGCAUGUCUCCACCAGGGAAACCAGUGCUGCUCGGCUGCAGGUCCCCUGAGAAGGAAACGUUUACCUGCUGGUGGGAGCCGGGCUCUGAUGGAGGGCUGCCCACCUCCCACCAUCUGUACUACGAGAGAGAAAGGUUAGAGGGAACGUACGAGUGUCCGGACUAUCGGUCGGCAGGAAGAAACUCCUGUUUCUUUGAUAAGGAACACACCUCCAUCUGGGUCGACUACCACCUGACAGUGAUGGCCUCCAAUGCACUCGGGAAUGCCACUUCAGAGCCCUUUAAGACGGACGUGAUGGAAAUUGUGAAGCCCGAUGCUCUUGAGAAUGUGACGCUGCUGGUGGAGGAGAGAGAGGACAGUCCAUACCUUCACGUCAGAUGGGAGCCUCCCUCUAACACCGACACCAAGUCCGGCUGGGUCACCUUGAAAUAUGAACUAAGAGUCCGACAAGACAACAGCAACAAGUGGACGGAGUACACGUCAGGUACACAAUCUCAUUUCAGCCUGUACAGCAUCAGUCCUGGGGUGGUGUACACGGUUCAGGUGCGCUGCAGACUAGACCACGGCUCCUGGAGUGAGUGGAGCAACUCUACCUGUGUGAAAAUCCCUCACUAUCAUCAGAAUGAGAGACCAUUUUGGAUAAUGGUUUCUAUCCUCUCUGCAAUUCCAUUUAUAACAGCAGUGUGUGUCUUGGUAAUGAAGAGGAAAUCUGUGAAGCAGUGUGUUCUGCCCCCUGUUCCUGGUCCAAAGAUAAGAGGUGUUGACGGUCAACUUUUCCAGAGUGGGGGAUCUGAAGAUGUCGACAAUGCCCUGAUGGUCAACCAGAGCUUUCCUCCUAUCGGGGCCUGGAAAGACCAAAUGGAGGAGUACCUAAUUGUGACUGAAAAUGACGAUGGGCUUCCCUCCAAAUCUCAAAAAAUGAAGAAAAGCUUCAUUAUUCCCACUGGCUUCAAAUUAGACUUGGAAAAAAUCUAUUAUGAGGAGACAACACCAUGCCAAAAUAACUGGGAAAAGGCUGAGAAAAGAAAUAAUGAAAUGGAUAGCUUUGAAGGCGAUAACACCAUCAAACCCUUCACAAACAGAGGUUAUGUGGAUAUUCAGGGACAUGCGGAAAACAUACAGGUGGUGGAUGUGAAACAGGUGAACUACAGCAGAGUGGAAGUGGUGAAUGGUGACAAUAUUCUCAUCUACGAGAAAGAAAACAUCCCAUUUGAGAGCUCUGGCUACAUUGAUGUUCAGAUACCAGUGAACAUACCAGAGGACUACAGCAGGGUGAAGGAGGUGGACAAUGACAACAUGGUCAUCCUGCAGACACAACAUGCGUCAGUUGACACUUCCAGUAGAGAGAAGGUUAACCAUUACACAGACUGUGCCCUUCAGAAGACAAGAAAACCCAAUAUGUGCACAGAACUCAUCGAACGCGGAUAUGUAGAUGCCAUCCAUCCAUCAUCAAAUAUUGGAUGAAUUGCUAUGAUAUUUAGUAGACAUUUUGUUCUCCAUAGGAUGAAUCGGAAUGACUUCGGUGAUCAUGUGACUUUUCCUCUAGCACCACCAUGAGGUUGACAUUUUUAUGCCUCCGCGCCGGCGGCAUUAUGUUUUCGGGUUGUCUGUCCGUCCCAUUGUCGUGAACGCGAUAUCUCAGGAAGGCCUUCAGUGUAUUUCUUCAAAUUUGGCACAGACGUCCACUUGCACUCAAGGUUAAACGGGUUAGAAUUUGGUGUUCAAUGGUCACUGUGACCUCACAAAACACGUAUUGUGCCAUAAUGCAAGAAUUUCAUAUGCUUGUGACAUUUUCACACAAAGGUCUAAUAAAAUUAUGUUUUUGGACAGACGUUUUGGAUAGAUAUGGAUGUAGACUGCACCAUGACCGGUAUGCAGAGGCAUACACUUGCGAGGCGGUAGUUCUAGUUGGUUUGAGUUAAAUUUCUUGACAUGUACUGAAUGUGUUGUUGUGAAAUUUGCUACAUAAACCUAAUAUAUAUAUAUAUAAAUACCAUCAUCUGGCAGCAUCAUCAUGUCAAUAUUUCAAUUUGUCCAAUACCUAAAAAAAAAAGUGACAUUCCCAUCAGCCUCAGCUGCAUGUUUUUACCAAUUCACAAAUGUUAGCAUGCUAACAGGGUAAACAUUAACUGGCAUCACAAAGCCCCUCUCAACGCCUUGAGUCUUGUUUGCUAACAAUGGAGCUUUACAGUACUGAGGAUUAAGCGUUAGUAGGAUUCUUGUUUGCAGGAUCAAUUAAUGUGUUGGUUUUGGUUUUCUUGCAUUGGAUUUGUUGAGACUAAAAAGAGAUUAGUGAAAUGAUUGGGGCACCGACAACGUCAUGCCAGCGAAGGCCCUAUUGAAACUGUAGCGUUUCUUUUUCUUCUGCCAAAUUUAUUGGCUUUAUCGUGCUCAAAAACAUACCAAUUUUGACAUGCAUAUCAGGACUGGUGAAACAUUUGAUAUUUUAGGUGUCUCGCAUUUGGGUAUGAAAGAACGGCUCUAUAGUGCCCCCUAGAGCUGAUUUUAACUUUGAAAGGCCACGCCCCUCACCCCGUAUGUCUGAUUGACUUGAAAUUCAACACACGUCAAGUUCUAUCUGCUCGACAAAAGUCAAAAAGACUCCUAAACUCCGCCUCCCAAAAUGUUCCGCCAUUUUGAAUUUAGUGAAAAACACAUUUUUGCAAACUCCUCCUAAACGCUGGAUCCGUUUGCGACUGCACAUAAACAUGAUAGUAGACGAGUCAACUAAACUCUUUACUAAUUCUGCAACAUACUUAAAAAGGCAACUGAUUUUUAAAAGAAUGAUUGUUCCUAAAACUCAUUUGACAUAUUGAGUUUCAUUCCAAAAGUCUAGAGGCGACUUUAUAUCGCACAAUACAAGGGAUUAAAAAAUAAACCCUCUUUAGUAAAGUAUUAGUCAGAGAAUUCAAAUGUGUUGACACAGGUGACAUCUCAUGAGUAUUUUAUAGCGGAUGGCAUUUCAAAAUGUUUGCACAUUGUACAUUUUAAGCAGUGCGUCUGGUGUUGAAUGGCCCUUUGCAUAGUGCAGUUUGAACCCUGGAUUAUUUUGGCUGCCUCGGUUUGACAGUUGCUUUAAGAGUAAACAUGCAUUUCUGGUCUAUUUAUGAACUAUGGUUUUAAAAGUGAUCUCAUGAAAGAUGUUUCUUAUUUUCUUUCACCUAAAUAAACAAAAUGUUUGAGUAACUUUCAGAUAAAACUUUAAAUAUUUUCCAAGAUUCUUUAUUCAGGUGAAAAUUCAAUCGUCUGUAAUAUCCAUUGACAAAAUGUUAAUCAUUUACAAUUACCAAAACAAUCUAUAUCUGCUUCGUUUUUCGUUGUUUAUUAAUGACCCAAACUCACUGAAAGUAAACACUGCAUUUGUCCUCUUUAUGAAGACACUACAUUGAUAUUUUGCUUGAAGAAAAUGAAUCAACUCCAAAUUGUCCUUUGAUUUUACUUUCCUAGUUAACAUGCAACAAUUGGUUGCAUCUCUGUUGUCCUAGGAAAUACAGCCUACAGUCCAUCUUACAUUCAGAGUUUAUAUUCAAGGAUUUAUAAAACAGCUAAAUCAGGAAUU